UUACUAACAUUCUUGAACAAUUUCAACUUAAAGGUAAAGCUGCAUAAAAUACUUUUUUUGACUUGGCACAUUUAACGUAAGCAUUCUAUCAAGUUAAUGAAUCAUUUAUCUAUGUAUUACUUUAUUUUAACAGCCAUGUUUGCAGUGUAUCUUUUAUACAAGAAUGACACAGUGAGCUCAAAACUCCACCUGAUGGCGCAAUAGAAAAAACGACGCUCGUAGUGCGUGCGGGUUAUCAAAGGGCGCCAAAGAAACUUUAUUCUUUAUAGACUUUAGUUAUAUUUAAAAACAUGGUAAUUGAUGCUUCUGCAGUCCAAACGUGCUGCACGGCUCGUUAUCAGCGCGACAGAAAUGCAGCGUUACAUAACACACGAUAACACGAGACUGUUCCUGUAUUCCUGUUUAACCAAACCGCAACGAAUCCAUAGUUUGUAUACAUUCAGCGUUCAUGUGACACACAACGUCGACAUAAAUGAGCGAAUUGGUUGUUUUGGGGGUUUCGGGUCGCUGUCCGCGGUGCUGAACGCUGCAGGCGGAGGCUGAUGCAUCAACAGGCAUCACUGCAGCGCAGAUGCAACAAAACAACAGCCUGUGCCAUCACGAAAGAGUAACACGUGUGAUCUAUAUCAGCAAACACAUCGUGCCAGAGACUGGUGUUUAAAAACAUGAAAACGAUUGGAUGCAACUGGCAGUGUUGCAGUCGUGUUUCGUUUAAGACCCGCUGCAUCCGCAUUGCAUGAGUGUCGCGCAUCUGACCGUUUUGUAAUAUCUCACUUGUGUCUCUCUUCUCACCGUUUCACCCAUCAGAUCAUAAGUCGCCCGGGGCGGUUAGUUUAACACAUAAUGGCCGCCUGUCAUGCGCGCAUCAUUUUUCCGCAAUGGUCUUCAGGAAAGUCGCCGUUGCGUCACGCCUCUGUGCCCAUUUUCGGAGGGGAAACCCGUCACAUCCUCUGCCCAUAUUUGGGCAAGAGCGGUCUGGAGCGAGCACACGGCGGGGAAUCCUCCUGUCGACGUAGAUGAGCGGGGGGCGGAGUCCCGGCCGAGGUGAAUGGUAUAAAAGAGGGACGAGGAAUUCCGGUAAACGAAUCGACGGAGAUCAGAAUCUGGAGAUAGAGUUCGGCCUUACUGGAAGGAGAAAAGGGAAUCCCAAAAGAUUGAAAUGAAGGAUUACCAUUGCUAAUUAUUCCUGCGACAUUCCUUGUGGAUUUUGAUUCAUAUUUUGCAUCGUUUAUAAAAAGAAACUAUGCUGAACACAGUGGACUUCAGCGCGCUGGAUCUCCUCUGCGCUCAAACUGCUGCUAUGGAGGGACAAUCUGCAGCUCAGAUUCACCCAGAUGCUGCUUUCGGGUUGGUGAAGCCCAAAGUGGAACCGCUGGAUGCAGGUUUUCCAGAGUGCUCCAACGACGGGCUCCCACCGUCGCCACAGACCUACACCGGCAGUUUCUACAGCGAGACCGGGCCGUGCAGCGCAGACGCUCUGCUCAACUUACUCACGGAGAUCGUCGGAAUCUCCGCGGCACCCAUUUCAGAGCUCAACGCCGACAACUUCUGCAACGGCAACUCUCGCGGAAGCGCACUCUCACGCCAGGAGUCGUUAUUAUCCACGGGAAGCUCUCUGGGCUCCCCGGAACCCUUCUGCAACGAUUCGUCAGAUGAACUCAUGGACAGCUCAGUUGCGCAGCAGUCUUUCCCCGUGACUGUUAAGAGUGAGUUCGGGUGCAGUUGUAACGGCUGCGAUUUUCUCGACGGCUUCGGUGCACCCGGCAACUCGUACGAACCAUCAGACCUGGACGAUAUCAUUGAUUUGCUGUCCCCGCUCGGUCCCGAGACGGACUCCGUUUUGGACACCUGGAUCAAGCAGGAGCCCUUGGAUGAAGCAUGUCAAUCAAACUACGCGCCCAACCUCCAGAUUCCCGUCGCGACACCCACCUCGACUCAAAGCGGACUCUACAGAGCCGUUUCGUUCCCCAACGCGUUUGGGCUCGGCUGCAGCACCACCGCGUUGGCCGACGUUUUGGACUCUCUUCUCGCCGCCAACACGCUCGCUCAGAGGAGCCGUGCGCAAACUGGUAAAGCCGGGCGAUCCAGAAAGGGCGCGGCCCGCGAGAAGCCCUUCUCGUGCCCGCUGGAGAACUGCGACCGCCGCUUCUCUCGUUCCGACGAACUUAACCGACACGUGCGCAUCCACACCGGCCACAAGCCGUUCCAGUGCCGCGUCUGCCUGCGCUGCUUCAGCCGCAGCGACCACCUCACCACGCACAUGCGCACGCACACGGGAGAGAAGCCGUUCUCGUGCGAGGUUUGCGGGCGUCGCUUUGCGCGCAGCGACGAGAGAAAGAGGCACGGACGCGUGCACAUUAAACAACGCGAACGAAUGCAACAGAAGACGGAGCUGCUGGCUGCGUGCGCGUUCUCCCUGCCGGGACUCGUGUGAGCUUCAGGGACGUUUAUUUGCUCGCGUUUCCACUUUGGAAAGUUGAUGGCUCAAGCCGCGCGCACUUCGUGUGCACGAGCAGAUCUGCGCAUCAGUGAUGGAGAGGAACGAGCCCCACACUUGUGUUGAUGUGUGUUGAGAGCUUGGCAUGCAGCUGAAGAAGUCAAACUGUAUGAGAAGAAUGAAUUGACUGGAAAAGCGCUUGCAGUGAGCGGCACGUGCGCUGAAUGCAGAGAGAAAAAGUGACACUCAAACCUCAGAUCGUUGUUUUUGGCACAAAUGAAAUGUCUUGCAUGUCGUGGUCAGUAAGAUGUAAAUGUGCAUUUGUUUUACACUUCUAUACCACACUGGCAUGCAAAUGUGACCUUUGUUGUAUUUUGAUACUACAUCACUUUAUAAUCAUGCGAGAGAAGAGAACUAUAUUUGUACAUUACCGACUGUAAUUUUGUAUUUGUCGAUUUCCAAGAGAGCAAGAAAAAUCUAUCUUAUAGAUUUUUAUAAGUGAUUGUAUGUGGCUGGUUGGUUCUUAGGAACCUGACGCGAUAGAAUAUGAAAAAAACUUCAACGUAGUAGUUGAGUUGCAGUAGCACACUUACACGUGCAGUUACCCUCGAUCGCAGGGCUCGUUUCGAUAUUGCUGUCUAUAAUUGGCCUUUGGAAAUUGUUCUUGUGCAAUCAAGCGCUGUUCAACACCUUGUGAAUAUUCGCAGGCUAUUGAAUGUUUUAAAUAAAACUUUAUUUAUUGACAA